AUGACUUUCUGUCAAAGACCAGGAAAAUUGAUACGACAGGCAUCUUCAAUCCAAAUAUCAACAAUCACAACCGAUACCGAACUUCAUACUAUCUUACAAUCAAAUCGCCAUGUGACAUCUAGGUCAUCAAGUCAACAUGACCCUGGCCGGAUAUCAAGUCGACCCUCUCAUGAGAUCAUCUCAAUCCCCGAGUCACCUCCAACGAAUGUCGCCACCUCUGUUCCCGAAGGAGGAUACGGUUGGACUAUUGUCUUCAUCUGUUCAGUCUUGACUUUCUGGUUCAAUGGCAUUAGUGGCAGCUGGGGUGUAGUUCAGGCAGCUCUCCUCCAAUCCAAGCUCGAAAGUACUUCCACCUCGACGGUCUCAUUCAUCGGCACGCUGGCCUGGCUUGCAUUGUGGCAUUCGCGUCGUCGACUAUUUUGCGGCAAAACUGGGACUCGCAUCGUGCCUUGUGAAGCUUGGGGUGGAAUCGGUGCAGCAGUCCUCAGCCUGACCAUCGAUGCUCUCAUCAACAGUGUAGGAAUAGCCUGGGCCUUUCGGAUUUUAGGUUUCCUUAUCCUCGCGACAUGCUUGCCGGCCGCCUGGUUCAUCCAAGAACGAGUACCAAUCGGGCAGGUGCCGUUCGUUGACCUAUCAAUGUUUCGACACUUGCCUCUUUCGGCGGUCUUCUGUGCGGGCGCUGUAGGAUCGUUCACCCUUUUUGUCCCACCGUUCUUUUUACCGCUUGUCGCUCAAAGUAUUGGCCUGUCCUCCAGUACGGGGGCCGGUUUAGUUGCGGGAUUCAAUUCAUGUACCGCCGUCGGCCGACUCCUCUCGGGGUGGCUGAGCGACAUUUUUGUGCCUGUGAACGUGUUUCUGGCCUCAAUGAUCCUCAAUGCCGUGAGCAUGCUGGCCAUCUGGCCCGUAUCGAGCUCUUUGGGACCAUUGCUUAUUUUCGCUAUGCUGAACGGGCUCGCGGAUGGGGCUUGGUUCACCCUUUACCCUGUUGUCGUGACUGGUACCGCUACUGGAAUCGGGAAUGGCCAAGGGUCUGGUCCAGCGGUGGCGAUGUCGAUGGUAAUUACCGGCUGGACGGGCGGCUAUUUGAUGGGAGUUCCGAUCGCUGGCUACCUUUUACAAGCCUCGGGCGUGGGUGUCGGGUCAGCUUCAGCAGAGCACGGACAGGGAAAGGCCAAUUUCGGCACCUCGAUCGAUCCAUAUCGACCAGCUAUCUUCUAUGCCGGCGGCGUCGCCCUGGCCGCGGCUGGAUUCACGUUGAUCGCAAGACUGAAGAUGGGACAGGGGGGGAAGAAGAGAGUCUAA